GGAAACACUAUUUGGUUUCAUAUGAAGCUAUUGUUUGCUAUAUGACUUGCUGCACGUCGUCUCUAACUCUAAAUCCACACGCCAGGUACAUCAGAGAACUCAUUGGCACGUGUUACUCUUCCAAUCAGCGCAAUCUAUUAUAACAUUGCUGCGCUUGCGCACAUCUCAGUCCUCCCGGUUCAAAAGAACUGUUGAUUUCUCCUCGUGUCCUCCCGGUGCGCGUGCGUGGAUCUCACCUCCCUAAACGCAAGGUGCUCGAGGUUCCCGUUCACAACGUCGGUCCCGUGGGGCUCUACCGUAACCGUUCGGUGUUCACUAUGACUUUUUGAGGGAAGCAUUUUUUUUUUUUUACUGGAACAAAUAGGAAUUUACAAGACCGAUUGUGUUUUAUUCUGGAUUUCACUACCUGUGAAGUGAAGAAGAUGUUUUCGUCGGUGAGUAAACGUUGUUUUAUGAUAGAAUCAUUGGUGGCUAAAGAAAACCUUCAAACUACGGAAGAUCCCAUCCGACCGACGGCACUGACUUAUUCCAACCCGACUGACGCGUUCAUGAACGGGUACCAGAGUCCCACCGGCAGGUCUCUGUAUCAGAACCCGGAGCUGGUGUUCCCUGAGUCGGUCAACCACCCGGGGCUGACCAUGAACCCCCACCAGCUAGGAGGGGGCCACCUACAACACCCUGCACACUUCUUUGGGACGCAACACCGAGACCCUCUUAACUUCUACCCAUGGGAUUUACGAAACAGGUUCUUCGGGUACAGAUUUCAAGGAAACGAUGUUUCCCAAGAAAGCCAGCUCCUCCACCGCCCAUUCGCCCGAAAACCCAAGCGCAUCCGCACCGCGUUCUCCCCGUCGCAGCUCCUGCGGCUCGAGAGGGCGUUCGAGAAUAAUCAUUACAUAGUAGGAGCCGAGAGGAAACAGCUGGCCAACAGUCUCAAUCUGUCUGAAACACAGGUGAAGGUGUGGUUCCAGAACAGGAGGACUAAGUACAAGAGACAGAAGAUGGAGGAGGGGCCUGACAGUCAUCAGAAUAAGAACGGACACCACCACAUCAACAGAUGGAGGCUUGUCACUGAGCAGGGCAGCUCCGAGGACAUCGACGUCGGACUGGACUAAGACCCCAACCCCUAGGCCUCUGCCCUACCCUCCUGGACGCCCCUGUACCCCCCCCCCCCUUAACCCCUGGCCUGAUUCCCAUUUUGCAACACAAGAGGACCAACGUUAACCCUAGUUAUUAUGUAAAGUUAUGAAGUAUAAUGACAUGUUACAAGAAAAAAUAGAUUUUUAUGUUACUUGA